AUGGCGACAGUUGCACCUCCCAUGUCAUUUUCGGCGAGCACCUCGUCCUUUCGCGCAUCUCAAUCUCACAAUGGACCGGUUUCCUAUUCAGAUAGUCCUUUGACGCAACUGCCGACGGUGGAUUUCAAAUUCGAGGACUUGCGAAAGCGAAUGGCAGAAUUUACGGUCAAAUUCGAUGCCUUCAUUGAACAAGGACGGAAAAGGGUGCUGGAGGAGAGGAACGAGUUUCGUGCUCGACUCGGAGAAAUCAGUGAGGAACAGCGAUCCUGCAGCACCCAGAUUUCCACACUACAAUCAACACUCUCGACGCACGAUCACGUUUUGUCAAGGGAGCAGGCAGAGAAGAGUGAAAUGCAGGGACAGAUAUCAAAACUGGAAUCGCAUCAGGCAAACCAAUGUGCAGCGCGCGACCGGCUUAAGACUGCUAUCAGUCAAACCCAACGCCAGAUCGAUGUCAAACUUCAAGCUCAACGAGAAUACUCUGAGAAGGUUGAAAGCCAGAGCCGACUGAAUGGGCCCGAGUUGAACUUCUGGGAAACCUACCUUGGAUGUCGACUGGAUGGCAGUGGUGAUGAGAAUAAAAUUAGGGUGUGCUUCAUGUUUCCGCCGGCUAAGGGUGGUAAGACGGGCGAGGAAAGAGAAGCGAUGUUUGAAGUACAGGUGCCUGAGACGGGAAGUGGAAGGUAUGAAGUGGUGUACAUGAAGCCAAAGCUGGAGGCUUCAAAGGUUGAGAAGAUUGUGGAUCGAAUGAACAUUACGAGAGAUGUGGGAACUCUGCUCAAGGGAAUGAGAGAAUUAUAUGUCGAAGCCUUGAAAUGA